AAAAAGAAAGAAAGAAAAAAAGAAAACUAAGGAUAAUGAAAAGAAGGCUAAAUUUGAAUUCAAACUCUGGUUCUUCUAAGUAGGCCUCAUUUUCUUUGUAAAAUGAAUGUUCUUAAACAUCUGCUAGGUAUAGAGUGAAUGGCUUGAGCUAGAUGACUUUUAGAGACUCAGUAUUAUAUCUGUAAUUUCUGACUUUUUUCCAUUCUUAUCUUUCCCUCAUUGCCUAUUGGGAAAUUCUGAGCUACAGAUUUUUAACGGUCAACAUAUGCUUUGUUCUUUUAGAAUUGUCUCAGCCAAAAUGAAUUUGGGUAUUUUAUGCUGUAGAGAUCAAUGAGAUCCCAGCCUUUGCUAUUCCUUCUGAAAGAAGGGUUUCAGAUUUCUUGGAAAGACACACUUUGGGUCCUCUGUAUAUCUGAAUGGUACUUAAGAAUAAUUGAGUCCUUAAUUUAUAUUACACUUCAUAUAAAUGACAUAUGCCUGAAUCCAAAAGAAAUCUCAUAUAUGUUUUAGAGUUACUAGAUUAGCAGAUUUGGUCUUAUCCCCUUGCUUUAGUUUCCUAUAGUUACAAAUAUAGACCAAGGUGUAUAAAAGGACUGGGAGCAACUCUAGAUAAUCCUUAUUUGAAAGUGACAUUCCAGGAGGCAUGUUCAAUCUUGAGAUUAUGAGACAAUGGUGCAGGAAGAGCCAACUUUAGAAGGUUCCCCAAAGGGUUAAUGGAUUGUUGCUUCUUUUCUGUCUAAACCAUUCCUUUGACUGACAAGUUUGGAUCUGUUUCAUUCUAUCUCCUCUAGCUCUACCAUUGCAGAAACCAAAGUAUCCAGAACGGCUCCGUAGUAAUCCUGUUAUCUGUAGCGUGUUCCCAACAAAGGUUAAUCCCGGCCACUCCAGGACAGAUUCUCAGUUCUGACCACCUUCAGAGCAUUUCUAGACUGACCUUAUGAAGGGAAGAGAUGGGGUCUCACCAAACCUAUGACAUGUAGCAGUGUCUUGGGUACCAAUUGUAGUCAAGGUUUAUACAUGAAGUGCCUUCUUGGGAGAGAUCUGCAUCAUCAAAAUUGUUUAAGAUUUCAUGCCAUAGCCAAGGAGUAACUCUCCCCCGCCCCCCAACUCAGCCCUUACCAGCAUGAUAAGGUCAUAAGCCUCCUGCUUCAAGACCCUUCACAGUCAGGCCCAGGCUACUUUUCUUGGGCUUAUCUACUCUUUACAUAUGUCUUAUACUCCAACCAAAAUGGUCAGUGUAAUGUCCCCUUAAUCGUGCUUUAAAAGACCCAGCCCAGAAUACCUAAGACCUCCCCUCUAACUAUCCAAAUAGCCAUUCUUCAACACCCACUUCUGAUCUUACACCUUCAAGUCUUCCUUGACUGUCCCAGCUGGAUGUAUAUCAUUUUUCUCCUCUCUCAUGACACCCUGUUCAUAGAGUAAGUGCUUUAUAAGAAUUUUUUUAAAGUUCAGUUUAAUUGACAUUUGGUAGUCCAAUAGGGUGCUCCAGUGAUGGGGGUAAAACAUGGAAAGGAAGGAUGAUAAUGUGGGGUCACUGUGUGUCUCAGGAGACGAAAGCAUUAAAAAGUGAUGAGGAUAUUAUAAAAAAUGGUAAUAUUAAAGAAAUAUUCUCUCUUUUUGUAAUUUUGAUUUGAGCUGGUAUACAAAAUUUUGUUUGGGUUCUACAUACUUAUUAGGAUAGUCUUUUAUUGCAAUAUAUCUUAUUAAAGGGAUGUUUAUGAUGACAUUUUCAGAUUUUGAGGUGUUUUUCCUAGAAAGUCAUAUUUCUCUUCUCAACAUGAUUCAACAUCCAUAAAGCUAUUAAUUAUUAAAGAGCAACCUCACCAGUGUGUCCAAAAUGGAUUGACUUUAGCCCUGCUUCCAAAUCCCAGGAGAAAAAUUUCCAUUGGGAAUGAUUUAAUAAGAAUUUUUAAUUACCUUAUUACUGGUCAGGAAAAACUUGAUUUUAGGGCACUUGCCUAUCCUAGUCCUGGUUUCUCUGUUUUUAAAAGCUAUAGAGGACAAAUUGCUCUCCUCAGAAUGAAAUAGAUUUGAUCAUAGAGGCAGUGUGGUGCAGUGGACAGAUCUUUAGACUUGAGGUCUGAAGAUCUGGGUUUGAGUACCAGUUCUGCUACUUAGCCAUGGUGCAACCUGGGCAAGGCAUUUAGCAUCCCCAAGACUUGGUAUCCUCAUCUGUAGAAUGGGAACAAGAAUUGUCACUGCCUAUCUUCCAGGACCAUUGUGGAUAUUGAGUGAGUGAGGUAACAACAGGUAAAGUGGUAUAUGUCAGCUGUAAAGUGCUGGGCAGGUGAUUACAUCCAACAUCAUUGCCACUUUAAUUAUUCUUCUGUCUCCUUAUGGGAGUUUUCACUUUGAUUUUACCAAGAAUCCCCUGACCACAAGAGAUUCCUUGAUGGGAAGGUGCUACCGCCAGAUCAUCUUUUGUAUACAGGGACAAGGAAGUGCUAUCUGAAUUACCAGCAUCCUUGGGUACAGCACAGGAGUCAUGAAGCUUCCAGUUAGGUUCAGCAGAGAUCAAGCCAGAGAGAACCUCCCAGGAAAAAGGAAUACAGAGCCCCUACUGGGAACCCCUGGAGCAACUGAGCCCUAUGGAGGAGCCCAAGCCCCUGCACAAGAGUGACAGCCUAACUUCUCUUCCUAAAGCCCUUCCUAAAAUGAGGAACAUUGGUAACUGCAAGAUGGUAGCUGAAUCCCAGAAAGCCCCAGGCCAUGGAAAUCCUGCUCAGGACUUCCAGGAGGACAUCAAGGAAGACAAUUGUAGGAAUGAGCCCUUACUGGAGUUUCCAGUUCUCAAGACCAAGGGAUCUUUGCCAUUAGAGCAAGGAAGGGAUCCAUGGGACUCAGAUCUCCAGGGCUCUAAAGAAACAGAGAGACAAAGAGAUUUCCACACAAGUGGAGAACAAAUAAGUUCUGGCCCAGCAUUUGCCAGGAAAGAAGUCAAAAGCUGGGAGGAGGAGCAGAAACAGUGUAAUGGAACAGACACGAAAGUUUCUGGAGUCCUCUGGAGCUACGAGGAAACCAUGACAUUUCUUUCAAUCCUUGGUGAAGCUCAGUUCUCAAAAACUCUCCAAUCCCAUCACCGAAACCGCCAAGUAUAUAGAGCAGUAGCUGAACGGCUGUGGGAACAAGGUUUCCUGCGGACAGUGGAGCAAUGUCGCUCUCGGUUCAGAAACCUCCAGAUGAGUUAUCGAAAAGCAAAGACUGGCAAAGCCCCUGAGUCCUGUGCCUUCUUUGGAGAGAUGGCCACCCUACUGAGUACCCACACCUCCACUUCCUGUCCUGACACCUUGGGAGAAACCUGGGCUCCAUCUCAACAAAGGGACAGCAACGUUGAAACUGAAGAACCAGAGAACAGAGAGCAUGAGGAGGGGAGAGAGGACUGUGAUGAGGAUGAAAUGAUCAGCAAGGAAUUGACCCAUCAAGACAAGGUGCCAAACUCCCAAGAUCCAUUCUCUAGCUGCUACGAUCCUAAAUCCAAAGUGGCCCAUCAAGAAGAGCCAGGGAAAGCUUCUUGGAAUUCAGAUCUCCAUAGACCGGAGGAAAGAGAAAACAGCAAAGAUUCCCACCCCAAUAAGGAUAAAGGAAAACCUUGGGAGGCUUCAGCAAAGAAAGAAAUAAAAGGCUGGGCGGACCAGGAACUGGGCAAUGCAGAGGACGAGAAAUAUGCAGGUGUACACUGGAGCUAUGAAGAAACCAAGGUUUUUCUGGCAAUUCUCAGUGAGGCUUCAUUUUCUGAAAAACUCCGGACCUGUCACAGAAACAGCCAAGUUUACCGUGCCAUUGCCGAGAGGCUGCAGGAACAUGGCUUUCUCCGGACCCUAGAGCAGUGUCGAUAUAGAUUCAAAAACCUCCAGACCAGCUACCGGAAAGCAAGAACCAGCUACCCCCCAGGGACCUGUCCCUUCUACGAAGAAAUAGCAGCCCUGAUGCAUUCCCGAACUGCCAUUGAACCAACUUGUGCUAUGAAGGAAAUCAUCUGUCCCCUAGGAAGUAUGAAUGGAGACUCUGACUCCCAGGGACAGGAGCCAGAGAGCUGGGAACAUGAGAACCCUGGAAAGGUGGCCACAGGCAAAGACUGUGAAAAGAAAGAAAUGGGCCUUCAGAUGUUCACCCAGGAGCCCAAAGAUCCCAGGGCCACAUCCCUUUUCCAGAAUCGAACAGGUGUGCACUGGGGCUAUGAGGAAACCAAGGCUUUCCUGGCAAUUCUUAGUGAAUCUCAGUUUUAUGAAAAGCUCCGGACUCACCACCCCAACCGGCAGGUGUAUCGGGCUAUUGCUGAGCGCUUGCAUGAGAGGGGCUUCCUGCGGACUCUGGAGCAGUGUCGGACCAAGUUCAAUAGCCUGCAGACAAGCUACAGGAAGGCAGGGAGCAAGCACGCCCCAGAGACCUGUGCGUUCUACAAGGACAUGGAUGCUCUGGUGAAUGCCCACACAGCGGUAGUGAAGAAGGAAGCACAGCAGCCCCGGCAGGCAGGCAGCAGUGCCGACCCUGCAGAGCAGGAGCCAGGUAGUUGGCACAGCGAGGAGAUGCUGGAAGACUGUGACAGUGAUGAAGCAACUAUCAGAGAAGCCAAGAAUCCUGGGGUCCCUGCUCUAUUCCAACUCUCAGCUGAGUUGAGGAUCCAGAGUGAGAGCAAAGAAAAGACUCAGAGAAAGAACAUUUCUGAAAAAAGGCAACCCCAAGAAUCAGAAGCAGAUGGAACUCGGCUUCUUAACUGGGGGAAAAACUGUGAAAAUGAGUACAAACCAGAGAGUCCACGGGAGAGACAAUUAGGAGAAAAACAAGGAAAAAUGACUGCCAAAGAGGAUUUUAAAAAUCCAAGAGGGCAAAAAGGAUGCUCUGAAGAAGGAAAGCCAUACAAAUGCCUUGAAUGUGAGAAAAGUUUCAAUUGGCGGUCACACCUGAUCACACAUCAGAGAAUACAUACAGGAGAAAAACCCUAUAAGUGUCCUGAAUGUGGAAAAAGUUUCAGUUGGAGGUCACACCUCAAUACCCACCUGAGAAUCCAUACAGGAGAGAAGCCCUAUAAGUGUCUAGAAUGUGGAAAGAACUUCAGUGAUGGAGCCGGCCUAACCGCGCACCGGAGAAUCCACACAGGAGAGAAGCCCUACCAGUGUGAAGUGUGUGGCAAGAGCUUCAGGCUCAGCCCCAGUCUGGUUGUGCACCAGCGGAUCCACACAGGGGAGAAGCCCUACAGGUGUAGUGACUGUGGAAAAAGCUUCAACAACAGCUCACAUUUCAGUGCCCACUGGCGGACCCACACGGGCGAGAAGCCUCACGAGUGCCCUGAGUGUGGGAAGAGCUUCAGUAAGGGUGCUGCACUCCACAAACACCAGAGAGUGCACAUGAGGGAAAAGCUUCCACUGCAGCCCAGGAUCAACUCUACAUCAGGAAACCUAUGGGGGAAGAAUUCUGUAAAUAUACUAGGUUUGGGGAGAUCUCCUAACAGGGAUGACUGCUUCUGAUCUGCUCUGGUUUUGUUCAGGAAGAGUACUGAGCUCUGAUGGAGUGGGAAGAGCACUGGGUUCAAAUUCCAGUUCUGCCAUAACUAAUUAUGUGAUCGUAGGCUGAUCAUUUCCUCCCUUGGGGCCUAUACAUCUAUAAAUGUCAGAGUUGGAUAAUAAGGUCCUUUCUUUCCCAAUACCCAGUGAUUGUAACUUGGUUUUUCUUUCCAUUUUGGAAGAGUCUCUUGUGUCAGAAGCUAGACUCACCAAUAGGGAUUUAAAAUUAGGAAUAUCUAAAUUCUCUUCCUAGCUGUGCCUUUACCUCACUGCAUGCAGUUCACCCUUCCCAUGUGCCUCAAUUUUACCAUUGACAAAAUGGGGGAAGAGUAAUCCUGAUCUCCCCAAACAACAUGGUUUGGUUUUUUGUACUUCCUCCCAGAAAGAGAACCUUGUACACUCAACACCUCCAAGUCUGAAAUUGUCUUUCCUCUUACCUUGGGUUUUUCAGUGCCUCCAUCCCAGAAAAGUAUUUCACUACCACUGGGAUGGAACCAUUAAACUUUGGAAUUCAGAGUAUCUAGUUUCAGGGGGAAGUCAGGAAAGAACACUAGAGAGGAUUUGAUAAUUCUGAGUAUUUUUCACUUGUAUGAAUGAGCACAUAUAAAAUGUGAAAGAACUGGUUAAGAGUUAUGUGCAGGUCACUCUUCCUUUUCCUCCUCCUCCCACCCCCUCUCUUCCUCUCUUCCCCUUUCUCUCUUCCUCUUCCCUUCCCCCCCCCUCACCUUUUUUCCCUUCUCCCCUCCCCCUCUUUCUGUCUCUGUCUGUUUGUCUGUCUCUCUCUGUCUCUCUCCUCCCAUUGCUUCUAAGUCUUUUUGCUUGGAGUUUUCAACACUGGAAUUGUAAGGACAAAUGUAGGUUAAUAAAUGGAGCUUCAGGGUUUGGUCUGAAUGUAUAAAGAAACAUCUUAUGCCGAGAUAUGGGAAAUGUAAAAAGUGAAAUUUAUUUCCUUCUUCAUAUUAACUUUAAAGAAUGCCUUAGACUAUGGUGAAUGUACUGCCUGUUCCUUUUGUUAUAUUAAUAAAAUUGAAUUUAUUGCUC